UCGAGAUGUUUAAACAAAUCAAAUAUUCAGUUAAAACUCAAUAACAAUUUACAAAGAUAAAAUAAUAAAAAGGAUAUGGGAAAGUUAGGUACAUUCGAAAAACCUAUUUGUAAUGCAGUGACAGUAUAUCGAGAAAGAGGAAAUUACCUUCAACGUUUGGAGCAAUUCGAAAAAGCAAUUUUUGCAUACAACGAAGCUCUACGUUGGGAUAACACAGAUGUCCCAUCGCUACUCGGUAGAAGCUUGGCUCGGGCAAAAUCUACCCACUAUGCUGGGGCACUGACAGACGUGGCGCGUGCGGCUGAACUCGAGCCAAAUAACUUGACGGCGCUACAGAUUAAAGCGAAAACGGAAUACGAAAAAUGUGCGUUCGAACGUUCUCUUGUUCUUGCAAGCUGCGGACAGAAGCUGAGGGUUCUGCCGCCGAACUUCGCGGAUUGCGCCAGAUGUGCCGAAGAAACGAUUCGAGAAUGUUCUGGACUAAGCGCAACAAAAGUGAUGAAAUCUGCAAACAUCCUACUCAAAGAUGUUGAAAUAAUAGAUCACAUGGAGAAAGAUAUUUAUGAACCAACAGUAAUUGUACGACGUAGUAGAAUGCAGAAAGAACCGACUCAACAAAUACAAGAGAUAUCGCGGGUAGAAAAACAAAAGACGGAGCAUAUUUCACGGUUAAUGGCAUCGAAGUAUUUAGAACAAAUGGCCCACGACAAACACUUCCUUAUUUCCUUGUGUAAAGAUGAAAGAUUAAUGUCAGCAAACAAACAAGGCUCGAAGAUACUUUACGAAUUGGCUAAUAAAGCACGUGCUGAUGUUGAAAAACGACAAGCGGUACUUCGCGAACGUCGUCCACUAUACGCAGCAAGGUCGGCGGAAUCAGAGGCUCGGGCGCGUCUGUCCCGAGCACGUAAGGAAAGACUCGGACACGCUCAAAAACAACACGAAGUUGAUGCCAAACGCCUCAUACGAACUGCUAAGACAAUAUUCGAAGAACACGAUACGACGAAAUGCUUAGAAGCAGCCGAAUUCGCAAUGGAACAAAUAUCUAGGAAGCCGGCUAACUUGCUACCUGAUAAAGAAAAGUUUUUACUAGAAUUGUACAACUUGGUCGCUAAUGUAUUCUUGGAUCAGAAACGUUUUAAACAAACCAUGAGUGAAGAAGAACGUGAGAAGAGAUCGUUUGUGUUACUAGGAAUUUCAGUGUCACGGGAACCGAGCCGUGACUCCAUCCUACGCUCGAGGCCAAUGGCGCCGCCGCGGGAUGUGAGACGUCGUUUUAGAACUUUAGAACGCAUAUUAUCUCUUAACGGACGAGCACCGGAAAGAUGCUACGCUCUACAUGAACUGGCUCGUCUUCACGUUGAUACGAAGCAGGCGUAUAAAGCAAGAUUUUACGCUCAUAAAGGCCAAACGGAGGCACGGUCCGCGGAUCAACGUAUCUGGUUGCUGAACAUAACGUUCCUGUUGGCGCGAUGUCAUUUGCUGCAGAACAACCGGCCGGAAGCGCGGGCUGCGCUUAUUGAAGGCACCGGCCUUGCCCGCUCUUACGGCUUCGUGGACGUUUCGAAUUUCUUUGAUACGUGUGUCAAUGUAUCGGGAGAAGGCGAAGUAGGAUCAAGUGAGGCGUUAUUAGAGAAGAGAGAGAAGGAAAUGGUUGAUUUAAUGCAAGAUGAUGACUUGCGUUCUGCUGCAAAAUAUCUGUUUAAACGAAUGUCCGUUAUACCGGCUUCCAGACGUUUCUCAGUACUUCCCGGGACGCAUAUGGAUGAAAACGCAACAACGAUCGGUCGCCGAGUGUCAAUCGUACCGAAAACUCAGCAGCCUACUAGGAUUGUACGGAAACUACAACAUCCACUGGGAUUUCAAGAAUUCGAUUUUUAAGACACUUUAUAAAUUUUUAAAUCGAUAACAUUAUUUCAAUAACUUGUGAUACUUUUUAUUAAAUAAAAAUAUUUGAAUUAUU